GUGAGAUUGGAUUCUCUACCUUUCCUAACGCAACCCAUGCUGCCUUGAUAAUUCUUAAUACGUGCGUGGUAGGGACGAUAUGCGCGCUGGGAAGACAUGGCUCUCUUUAAUGGCUCCCGACGGUGGAAAAUCGUCGGCGUUGCAAUCCUCUUGACCUUCGUGGUGUUCUGGCUAGGAUAUCAGACCCCGCUUCCCGCAGUUCGAAGCAAGCCAUUCGACUUGCACACUGAACCGCGGCCUGAGGCGGAAUCGUCUCACAGCGAGACCCAGCAUGUCGAGGAGCUCCCUGCGCCCGAAGCGACCAACAACCCAUAUUGGACAUCAUCGAAGGCAGAUGAUGUUAAAGGUGAAACCAAGAUCAACGGCGGCGAGAUCGAGAGUACUAGUACUACCAGUAGCACUCCCUCCCAGCCCACGGUCGAAUGUGUCAGCUUCCAGGACUUGCAAAGACAAAGGCCCGAGCCCUUGUCCGAAGGCUGGCGCAGGUUUCCUUACGUCCGGCCGCCGCCCGAAUGCAGGAGAUUCCGGCUCCCCUCGCUGGAAGCACUGAUAGAGCGCCUGAAGAAGGCGAUCCGGGACCCGGACCUGUUUCGGUUAUUUGAGAACAGCUAUCCAAACACGCUCGACACCAUGAUCAAGUGGCGCGGCUAUGCCAACAAGACGGACGCGGCGACGGGCGAGCAGGUAGUCACGGACGAGGAGCUGACGUAUGUGAUCACGGGCGACAUCGACGCCAUGUGGCUGCGGGACUCGGCGAGCCAGGUGUACUCGUACUUGCCUCUGCUGGAGCCUUCCGAUGACCCGGACUCUCUGGCAAGCCUUUGGCGCGGCCUCAUCAACUCACACUCGCGCUACAUUAUCAUCUCGCCUUACUGCCAUUCCUUUCAGCCGCCGGUCGAGAGCGGUAUCCCGCCGACCUUCAACGACGCUUACUCAAAGAACCACCCGAACCCCCCGUAUAACCAAACACUGGUGUUCGACUGCAAGUGGGAGCUCGACAGCCUCGCUUCCUUUCUCCAGAUCAGCGCCGCCUACUAUGCGCGCACCGGCGAUCUCGCUUUUUUCGGCAAGUACUCAUGGGUGGACGCUGUGGAAGCCGCCGUCAACGCCUCGGCCGCCAUGCGCCUCGGCACCUAUGACGACGAGGGCCAUGUACUCCCUUCAGCGUACACCUUCACCGGCUGGACAGACCGCGGGUCCGAGACUUUGACCAACAACGGGCUCGGAAAUCCGGUCAAGGAGAACGGCAUGGUGCGCUCGUCGUUCCGCCCGAGCGACGACGCGUGCAUCUUCCAGCUGCUGACGCCCAGCAACAUGAUGUUUGCCGCCUACCUGGAGCAGGCAUCUGUCAUCAUGCAGAAGCUGGCAGAGAGCGGCAUCAAGGCCAAACAAGCCGAGGGCCUGAUGGCGGACAUGCGCAACCUCGCAAGGGGUAUCCGUCGGGGCAUUGCGCGCGACGCCGUGGUGACUCACCGCGACUUUGGCGACAUCUUUGCCUACGAGGUCGACGGCUACGGCGGCGCCAACCUGAUGGACGACGCCAACGUGCCCUCGCUCCUGGCCUUCCCACUGUGGAACUACACGCGCCCCCCCGCAGAAGUAGUAGCGGAUCAUCCGCGGAUGUUCAAAUGGAUCAAGCACAUUCCCCGAAGUAGCACCAGUCCUACUAACGUCAGCACCACCACCACCACCAGCGAAACGAAUUCCCGCGAGGAGGAGGAGGAAGGGGAGGAGAAGGAAAAGGAGCACGACUACGCCAAAAUCUACCAAAACACGCGCCGCUUCGUCCUAAGCACAGCGAACCCUUACUACGCCAAGGGCCCCGUCCUGUCCGCGGUUGGGGGCCCGCACCUCGGCCCGGGAAAAGGCUGGCCCAUGGCGGCGACGGUGGCAGCGCUCACGGCGUUUGACGACGAACUGGUCGGGGGGUUCUUCGCUUCGUCACGGGAACGCGACGAGGCCGUGGCCGAGCAGUUGUUUGCCGUGCUCAACUCGACCAACGGCACGGGCGUCGUCCACGAGACGGUCAAUGCGUGGGACGAGGCCGACUGGACGCGCAGCUGGUUCGGGUGGGCAAACGGGCUGUUUGGGGAGCUGAUUAUCAAGAUUGCUGAGGAUGAGGAGCGCAGGGGGGUGCUGGGUAAGGAGGACGGGCUGUUGGGUAGGAUGUGGCAGGAUUGAUUGAGUGUCAUUUAGCUGAGAGCGAGCUGGAUCUUGUUUGCUUUGGAUGUGAUGUAUAAGGCUAGGCAGGGCGUUUCGGCGUUGGAUUGGAUCAUGGAUUGACCUGAUACUCAUCUCUCUUGGACAAAGUAUAAGUGAUAUAUAUACACAUAUACUUAUCGAAUCGACC